AAGUGAACUACUAACCUGUUCACCUGUUUUUGGAUAAUGAAAGUAAACAAAAAUAUAAAUAUUUAAAUUUCAUUCAAAAUAACAGUUGCUUGGCUGGAAGUAUAACUGUAGUUAAAUAGUGUAUGUUGUAUGAGAAAAACAUCUUCAGUUUAAAACUAAGAUAGAGAUUGAAUACAAAAUGAAGAUAGUAACUGUUGAGGCACCUGUGAACAUAGCAGUCAUUAAGUAUUGGGGAAAGAGGGACGAGGAGUUAAUUUUACCAAUCAAUGAUUCAUUAAGUGCUACCCUCAGUACGGAUUUCAUGUGCGCUAAAACUACUAUUCUAGCUAGUCCGUCUCUGAAAGAAGAUGUUUUUUGGUUGAAUGGCAAACAGCAAUCACUUGACAAUCCAAGACUGCAAAAUUGUUUAAAGGAAAUAAAACGAAGAACCAAUCCUGAGUCGCCAAUAUUAAAUUGGAACAUCGCAAUUUGUUCAGUAAACAAUUUUCCCACUGCAGCAGGUCUAGCUUCUUCGGCAGCAGGAUAUGCUGGUCUUGUUGCUGCAUUGGCUGCUUUAUACAAUAUAGAAGGAGAUAUAACGGGGGUGGCAAGAGUAGGAUCAGGAAGCGCGUGUAGAAGUUUAUAUGGAGGAUGGGUUCAAUGGAGUAAAGGAAUAACAUCGACUGGAGAGGAUUCCAUAGCACACCAAAUAGCUCCUUUAUCGCAUUGGCCAGAGAUGAAGAUAUUAAUAUUGGUAGUGAACGACGAAAGAAAAAAAUACAGUUCAACUUCAGGAAUGAAGAAAAGUGUUGAAACUUCAGACCUUCUGCCAUUUAGAGCCAAUACUGUAGUACCUAAAAGAGUGGAAGCUAUGAAAGAAGCUAUAUUGAAAAAGGAUUUUGAAACGUUUGCCGAAAUUACUAUGAAAGAUUCCAAUUCAUUUCAUGCUAUUUGUUUGGAUACUCUUCCUCCCUGUGUCUACAUGAACGAUGUAUCCCACGCUAUAGUCGACCUUGUUCAUCAAUAUAAUGCCAUUAAGAAUUCACAUAAGGUUGCAUAUACUUUUGAUGCUGGCCCAAAUGCGUGUUUAUUCUUACUGGAAUCAGAGGUAGAUGAAUUGUUAUCUGUGAUCAAUUAUGUCUUCCAACCACCGACUGAUCUUAACAAUUUAGAAUAUAUAAGAGGUAUAAAAACAGAACCGAAGAUAAUAAAAGAAGAGCUAAAAUUGUCAUUCGAACCAAAACAACAGAAACCUGGGCUUCUUAAAUUUAUCAUACAUACCACCGUUGGAAAUGGUCCAAGAAUUAUAGAAGAUCCUAAAGAACACCUAUUGACAAAUGAAGGUCUUCCUAAAGAUUUAUAGGUGUAUUUUAAUUAACGUAGUAUGAAUCUCUUAUUGUUACAGUUUGUAAAACUUACGUAUAGCGCUGUUAAUUGGAUUGAUGAAAGUAUACUAGACAUGAAAAAGAAAACAAUUUAAUACAGUCACAAUUAAAUCACCUCUAUGGCUCAGCAAGCUGACAAACUCAUUUCAUCGGGAAUUAGUGUAGUGGUUACUUUAUUUAAUCCACAGUUACAGGGUACUAGGUGGUCUGAUAAGUAACCUUUAAAACAAAAAACAUGUUUUUUCAGAA